UCGAGCGGUUACGGGAGGAGAUGGCAGCGAAGGAGCAGGCGGCCCAGGAGCAAAGGGCGCAGAUGGAGCAGCAGAUUCUGCAGUACCAGCAGCAGCAGACACAGAUGAUGCAGCAGAUGCAACAGCAGCAGCAGAUGAUGCAGCAGCAGCAGGCACAGAUGAGCUGGCUCAUGAGCCAGACGGCUCUGUCUUCUCCACCGGGGAGUCUUCCUCCUCCACCUUACUCCAUGUGGAUGCCGCCACCGCCCACUCAGACCCCGGGGACACCUAUCACCGUCAACAACAUGAACAUCAUCCGGAGCAUGAACCUCGGCAAUGACAAUGAGGCCGGCGGAAGCGGAGGAGGACAAGGUUGAUGGCAUGGUCUUCGUGCACUCGUGGUCGUUGCAAUGGAUUGUUCGCACUUGUUAUGGAUUGUAAUAUGGACAUUGCUAUGCAUGAACUAUGUGUGCUCGAUGUGGACUCUAUGUAACGGAUUGUAUGCAUGAACUAUGUGUGCUCGAUGUAUUUGUGGUGUUGUUGAUGUGUUUGGUGAUCUUAUGUUGAUAUAUAUGUUAUAUAUGCUAUAUUUGUGAAAUGCAAUAUUUGAAAUGCAGGGAUAAUUGAAAAAUAGCAAAAAAAUGAAAAAACCAGGCCCCUUUGCCGUGUGUGUGCACACGGCAAAGGACAUUUGGUCUCUUUGCCGUGUGCACACGCACGGCAAAGGGGCCACGUGUCGCCCAACUGUGCUCCUGGGAGCUCCUGGGGGGCGUGCCCGCAUGGUUCUUUGCCGUGCGUGGCAGAGCAAGGCCGCACGGCAAAGCGUCGCACGGCAAACAUUGUUGCGCACGGCAACGCAGGGCGCACGGCAAAGAAGUAGGGCGCACGGCAAAGCAACGGCGCACGGCAGCGAUGGCGACGCACGGCAAAGAUCCCUCGCACGGCAGCGUCCGCAGCGCACGGCAGAGAUGGCGACGCACGGCAAAGGGCGUUGCCGUGCAAUCCGUCCAUGCGCACGGCAAAGGCAGCUUUGCCGUCGAAGACUUUGCCGUGCAAACUAUGCCGUGCGUGCACGCACGGCAAAGCCUUUGCCGUGCGUAUAGGCCUCUUUGCCGUCCAAUGGCUCGCACGGCAAAGCCUGUUUCUCCCG